AUGGAAUCACAUGGACCAGGACAAAACAAAAGAUUUUGGACUGAAGAUGAGGAUACUAAAUUAAUAGAGAUCCUUUUGGAGAUGUAUCAUGAAGGAAAGUAUUAUGCUGAUGGCAAUUUCAAGAAUGGCUACUUGAGAUAUAUUGAAAAAUCAAUGGCAGAAAAGUUACCAGGAUGUGACAUAAAGGCUAAACCACACGUUGAGUCUCGAAUAAAAACUUUGAAGACACACUUUCAAACAGUUGAUGAAAUGUUAACCGGGCCAAAUUGCAAUGGGUUUGGUUGGGAUGUACAAAGGAGAAUGGUGACCGCUAAGAAACCAGUGUGGGAUGCUUACCUUCAGAGUCAUAAGGAGGCUAUAUCUUUUAGACACAAAACAUUCCCAUUUUAUGAAGAGUUGAUAGAAGCAGCGAACAAUGACAUUGAAGGAGAUAACUUAAAUGAUGUAAAUCUCGGAGUUGAUGUGGAUUAUGAUGCUAUGUCUUGUUCACAUACUUCAAAAAGGGAAACUUCUUCGAAUGGCUUGUCAAAGAAAAGAAAAAAAGCUCCAACAAGUAAAGAUGAUGGGGAUCUUGGACAGGCAAUUAAAGAUGCUGCAAUUAUCGUUGCAAAUGAAAUGAGAGAAUCAUGUAGAAUGUUGAGCCAAGCUAUUACAGGUCAAGAUAUCAUUGAGAAACAAAUGCAGCUUAGCAAAGAGUUAAUGAAGCUUGAUAGACUUACAGUGAUGGAAAAACUUAGAGCUUCUACUGUCAUUGCUCGAGAUCAUGGGUUACUUCGUGUUUUUUUAUGGUCUUCGUAA